CGAAACAUAUGCUUUCAUUUAAGCUUUUAUCACUAUGUAAAUAUUGUUUUUCCCUUGAAAGCUCACUCUGCAGUAAAAGGCUUUGACAAACACUCGACCAAAUCUGACAUGGGUGAAAUUUGUUGUUUUGUAUUUAUGAAUUUUUGUCUCCUGGCUUCUCAGGUUGAGAAUUUGUAAUAGUAAAAAACACUUUCAAUAAAAAAAUGCUUGAUUAUGAUGUGAGUUUAGAAACAGAUCCUUAUACAGUUACAACGGAAUAUGGUUCAACUCUGGCUGUAAACGCUUCAAUAGAUUACGACAAUGUGGAUUUUCCAAAUGUCAUAUACUACAACAAAGGAACUAAAAUACUUCUAAAAAAUAUUGGAAUAUUCCUGCCAGUUGUUAUGAUCGGAUUAAUAGGAAACUUUUGGGUGAUUUACGUCCUAAAAAGCAACAGAUACAUCAGAACCCCAACAAACCUGAUAGUAGGCAACAUGGCAGUUGCAGACUCACUAUCUCUUCUGAUGCAUCCAUGUUUUAUAUUUGUUUAUGAUUACUUCCAAAACUACCAGUUAGGAUCAAUUGGAUGUAAAGGAGAAGGACCCUUAGAGUGUUCAAUAUUGAUGGCGAGUGUCAUAAGCAUGUCUGCCAUUACCUAUGACCGUCUUAUUUCUAUACUGCUUCCAAAUGAAACUAGAAUCAAUCAGACAAAAGCUAAAAUAGUUAUUUUCUGUACCUGGUUGAUUGGGAUUGUUCUAUCAGUACCUUUGGCGAUAUUUCGGACAUACAAGGAACGCCAAUGGAAGAACUUUGAUGAAACGUACUGUACCGAAAACGUGGUAGUUAUUAAUGUCUAUUGGUAUGUUAUUAUAACAGUUUUAGUAUGGCUACCACUGUCCAUUCAAAUCAUUUGUUAUAGUGCUAUUUUUAUUAAAUUAAAUCGGUAUGAAAAAAUGCUGGUAAAAUCGUUCUCCAACCACCAAUUGGGCUACAAAAAGAGCGCAGCCAAAAUGAUGUUUAUUGUGAUUUUAACUUUCAUGGUUUGUAGGAUUCCUUACACUGCUUUCAUUAUUUACAGACAUUCGUUGUUAAAAUCAAAGAAAAUAGCUUCAAGUGCCAGCGUUACAAACCUUGUUAAUGGAUUGUACCAUACGCUGUGGUUCACCUCUAAAUACCUACUUAUUGUGAAUGCUGCUUUGAAUCCACUAAUCUACUCAGCGACUAAUAUAUCGUUUCGCAAUGCUUUCAAAAAAACCAAGUUAUGGCAGUGGCUAAUACCAAAAACUAAAGAAAAUCGGAUUAAACGAGUUAUUAAAGAAAAAGCUCAAAUCUCUCCCACUACCGAAGCUGCAAAAUGUAACAAAAAAAUAUUUUAUAUAUUCAAGAGAAAACAAAAUAUCAAAUCUGUUGGAGGACAAGAACCCAGUACCAAAGAAGUGGAAGUAGUCUACAAUACGAAACUAUAGAAAUAGAUUGUAUUUUUUUAAUCACAUAAGAAAGUAUAUAGUCUGUCCAACGGGAGGAACCCUGGCAGUGACAGUUGUGUCUGUUAUUUUAAUUAACAGGCAAACAGGAAUUUCGUGUCAUUUUUUGAAUGUCGUCUGUAAAAAUCUUCUCUGACUCGUUGGACAGAUUAUACAACCAACGUUACAAGACAUUAAGUCACGUCCUAAUAACGUUGAUUCUGUAUUUUUGCUAGUUUAUUUUCAACCCUCAACAUUGUUAAUAUAUGGUCGAAAAUAAAUGAAUUGUACAAU